AAUUGGGGCGUUCAUCAAGUUUCCUGCGCACACCGCCAUUAACGUCCUCCAAGUACUGCGGUGCACGACAGAGUUACCAUGUUUGACCCUCUUAGCUCUACUAGUUCCAUCUUUGCCAACGGAAGCACCGACACGUCGCCGCCAUGGCCAACGACACCCCACGAGCGAAAUUCUCCAAUACCCCAUUUGCGUCGCGCUUCCCCGCCUUUAUCAUCACCAGUGAGUGCCCAGAAGGCAGAGUCAGACGGGCUGUAUGGUAGAGAACCCAAAAUCUAUGGCCAGCCCGAACCUGGCCUUAUAGAGCCGUAUCUACGAGUGCGAAUCGCUGGAAUGGACAGGAACAGGCGGGAUAUCCUCUUCAAACUCGAUGCCCAGACAACCCUGACUAAUUUUACGGGAACCACAUACCGCAACGUGUCCCGCUCAUAUCUCGAGUUUCAACAGUUCUACGAAGCAUUGAUUAACAAUUAUGAGGAGGAUGAUCGUCUUGUACGAAUAAUGCUGCAGAGGUGGUUGACGCGGAUAUGCGAGGACCCGAUCGUGAUUCACGACGAGGAACUGCGCUCAUUUAUCGAAAGUGACUUUGGUUAUCAGCCAACGCCACGUCCUCGGCGCAAAACAGGCUCAGGGUUCGCGCUGAUACGCCGAGGCGUGCCUGACGAAGACGAGAUAUUGCAACGUGCGCGAUUUGAGUUGACGAAGCUUGAAACCCAAUUCUUCGAUGCCGCUAAAGCAAUCGACAAGCUUGCGAUCACACGUAAAACUCUGGCUGCUGCACACGCGGAGAUGGGCAACAAACUCAUUAAUGUUGCUACUACUGAAGCGCAUCCGCCUCUUGGAAAUGCGCUGCGGAAGCUCGGAAGAGCAUGGCAUAGUCUUACAGAUCUGGAUCAAGCGCAGGCAAUUAGUGAAUGUGUUGUCAUCGGGGAUACAUUUGGGUACCAAGGUCUGAACGCCCCCGGUGUACUGGAGGAGUAUCAGGCUGCGGUGAAAGCGACGAUAUCUAAGCGGAGGAAUAUAGAGCGGUUGAAAGCGAGUUCUAACAUCAGGCCCGAGCGCGUGGAUGAAGCUCUGGAGGACAUAGAGGAGGCCAAUAAAUACGAGCAAGUACUUGCUCAACGAGCUAACAACAUAUCCCAGAACCUUCAUCGUGCGUUGGAUACGCAUAAGCGUAGUGUUGCAGAUGACAUCACUGCUGCUUUAGUUGAGCAUGCUCGCUCGUCGAUCAUGUACGAGAGGCAGUUACUCCGGGAAUUGGAGGCUCUUCGCACAGAUGUCAACAAUGCCAACCAGAAGGUGGCCCCUCCAAACCCGAAUGGCAUUCCCAAGCCGUCUGUUGUCUUACCUCUAGAGGACGAUACAUCGCCCAUGCAUGCCAGGGCUACACCAUCAGUUCCUCCCGUUGCAAAGCCUCCUAACUGGGUACCGCCAUCCGCUCCUUCACCCGCGCAGUCCCCAUUCAAACACAACCCACUUCCUCCUCAAUCACCUGGUGCGGCUCCUUCGCACCCCGCAUGCACCCCGCAACCACGGGAGACUGGCCCGCCUGUGGCCGGCCGCUUUAUAGACGGAACCCAGUCGAUGUUUAUUAAUACCACAUCAUCUCCAUUGGGCCCUCCAGUAGCCGCUUCCGCCUCUUCGCCUUCUCUGCCACAGAGCGGCCCCCUGGGUGGAAUCAUUCAUGCCCCUGUUCCGUCCUCCACCAGCCAUCCUCUCGCGGGUCACUUGACCUCUAACGGUCCUGUUCGCCCCGCAAGCGCACAACAGGCAGUGGACCCUCUGGGGGGAAUGUUCGCCUCCACGAACAUGUCACAGUCGAUGCGGGUACACCCGUCGCGCCCACGCUUGGAUGCACGGGUAGCAGCGAGCAAGCUUGCUAAUAUGUUCUAGUCAUUUAGAGGAUGGUUCAUGCUUUCAGUUAUUUGUGGAUUGAUAUUGCUUAAUCGAUUGCUAUUCGUCUGUCAGACUAAAAUGCUGGU